ACGCAAUGCCGGCACGAAUCGACGACGCGCCGCAUGACGAAGCUGCACCGGCUGCCCGGGUCGCCGGCCUUUACGCCCCCAGCAUCACGCACCCAAGACCACAUUGUGUACAACCCGCCGUCGGCGGCGCCCAACGUGGCCCACACGCCCGUGAAGUUCCUACCGAAGGGAGACCGACGCCGGGAGCUGGCGGCCAUGACGGCGCGGCUGACGGGAGCACGCGACGGGGCCAGCCACGCGCACAACGCCUACUCGGCCAUCACGGCGACGGGGACGCCGCUGUCGGCGGCCUCGUUCCCGCCCUCGCGCGCCACGCCCACUAACAGCGCUGCGCUGCCCCCGCCUGUGCGCGCGCCCUACACCAAGAAGUACCAUUUGACCGAGGCGGAUAUCGAGGAGAUACGGCGGCUGAGGCGCGAUGACCCGGCUGUGUGGACGCGAGAGGCGCUUGCUAAGAAGUUCGACUGCAGCCAGUUCUUUGUGGGAUUGGUGGCGCCGGCGCCUGAGCGGGGGGCUGCUAAGGCGCUGGAGCUGGAGGAGGCGAGGAAGAGGUGGGGGAGGAGGAAGAGGGAGGCUAGGGAGGAUAGGGUCAGGAGGAGGGAGAUGUGGGGGAGGGAU